UGUAGCGUGGCGAGGGCGGACCGUGUGACGUAGAGCUGAGGCUCUGGCUGUUUAUUGUUCCUUCCCCAACACCGACAGAGAAAAACAGGCUAACAAGCUGUCAGCUACCCUCUUUUCCACACGGUUCACAGUUGGUUUAACGAAGGUGUAACGCGCGAGACAGCUGACUGCACAAACCAGGGGCCAUGGCGUAUGCGUACCUCUUCAAGUACAUCAUCAUCGGAGACACGGGUGUGGGGAAGUCAUGUCUAUUACUACAGUUCACAGACAAGAGGUUUCAGCCAGUUCACGAUCUCACUAUCGGUGUGGAGUUUGGAGCGAGGAUGAUCACUAUAGAUGGCAAACAGAUUAAACUGCAGAUCUGGGAUACGGCUGGUCAGGAGUCGUUCCGGUCCAUCACCAGGUCUUACUACAGAGGAGCAGCAGGAGCUCUGCUAGUCUACGACAUCACAAGAAGAGACACCUUCAACCACUUGACGACCUGGUUAGAGGACGCUCGCCAACAUUCCAACUCCAACAUGGUCAUCAUGCUCAUUGGCAACAAGAGUGACCUGGAGUCGAGGAGAGAGGUGAAGAAGGAGGAAGGGGAGGCGUUUGCCAGAGAACACGGCCUCAUAUUCAUGGAGACCUCAGCCAAGACUGCCUCUAAUGUCGAGGAGGCCUUCAUCAACACAGCCAAGGAGAUCUAUGAGAAGAUCCAGGAGGGAGUGUUUGAUAUCAACAAUGAGGCUAACGGUAUUAAGAUUGGACCCCAGCAUCCUACCACCAACUCCACACUGUCCGGUAGCCAGGGAGGCCAACACGCUGGAGGAGGCUGCUGCUGAAGCCCCAAAACACACCACCUCCUCUAAACCCCGACCCUCCUCCUCGCCCUCUCAGACUCUCCCCUGCGUUUCUACAGAAUUGUCCAGGCUCACUAACAGUUUGUUAACUCCCCCCCCCUCCCUCCCUCCUCAGCCCCAUUCGUUCAUUCAUCCCUCCCUCUCUCUCUUGUUUCUCUCUCCGUCUUUCAGCCAUGUCUUCGCUAAGUCCCUUGCCCAUUCCCAAGGGGGUGGGGUGGGGGGGGGGGGGGGGGGGGCGGGGCUCUGUCCCCCUAAAACAACCUGACUUCGUACAGUCUUACGAGGGCCGAGUCAGCUUAGCCUCCAAAUUCAGUUUACUUUUUUUUGGGGGGGGGUUUUGGUUAGAUAUAUGGAUUUGUAUCUUUUAUCAGCUAAAAACGUGCCGGAAUGUAAAUAAUUCUAUUCCAGCCAUUAAAUGUACGCACUCCUCUUUAUUCACGAAGAUGUUGUUGAGAUAUUCCAGGACCUGAGAAUGAAAAGCGACAGCGUGUCUGCAGUAACGAUGAGGUUCUGGGUAGAGAUUAAACACCCUCUUAACAAACGGUCUGUAUGGAACAAACCAUGCGCUGUGUUGUGUCUAUAUAUAUAUAUAUACACACACACACACACACACACACACACACACACACAUCUGUACAUGUUGUGAAGACAAUGACGCAGCACGUUGAUAUGAUAGCAGGACAUGUUUCCACAUGUUGAAUCAGUUUUCAUGCUGUGUGUGUGUGUGUGUGUGUGUGUGUGUAGGGACGACAUAUAGGUAUUCCAGUACGUCAGUGUGUGUGUGUGGUUUAGGAAGCAUUCAGCUCCCUCUGUAUCUUUUCGUCCAUAAAAAGUGCAAAUUCUGAUGUUAUUUUGUGCUUCCUUUCACUAUUUGUCGCCAUGAUUUGUUCUCUCCCUCCCUCCCUCUUAUAUCUGUGUCCUUUUCAUUGACUUGCAUAUGAUUUGUAUUUAAUGAACACUACAAACUGGUUGUGGCUUAAAAAAAACAAAGUGAUGUCUGGAGAGAGAAUAAAAGAGCAAACUCUUGAGUGUGAAA